AUGUUGACCUCAUUAUCAACGGCCUUGGUGGCCAUAGUUCUCCUGGGUGGCCCAGCUUUUGCUCAACGGCCUGAUUGGACUGAUCGACCGGACUGGACUCAACGACCCCAUUUCACACGAUCAUCUGGAGCGCCUGAUUCUGUCACAGUCACAUCCACUUCAGCGGGAAGUGUAGUAAGCACCGCACCGGUUUUCUCCACGCCAGUCACCAACACUUCGGCCGCUGUGUACUCAAAUUCAACAACCAGAACCCGAGUACCCUCAGGAAUAUUCUUUACUGGAGGCUCAACUGGUACUGGCAGCGGUGCAGCUCAACCAACUGGGUAUUGGAACGUUACUCGCACCUAUAACCACACACGAAGCUCUGCAGUAGUCCCCUCCGGAUCAACUUCAGCAUCAUUUAUUUCACUCAAUACCACGCAAUACAUCUCUCACUCUACAAAUACACCUUCUUCGCGGACUCAGGGUUCUGUGGCAAGCACUCUCAGGACAUUAACAACAUCGUAUUCUUCGAAAAACGCCUCUAGUACAGCAAUCUCAACUAGUAGUCUAGCAACCUCAGCCACCAGGUCUGUUGCAGCUGCAUCCUCAACAUCCGCAACAUCCACAGCGGACCCCAAAAUUCCCUUUUUACGUGGAGUCAAUCUCGGCGGCUGGCUGGUGCUUGAAGAAUGGAUGAACGCCGACCUUUUCGAAGACACGCUCGCCGUCGAUGAGUAUAGCUUCUCUUCCACAAGCAACGCAUCAGAAGCCCUAGCAGAGCACUGGGCCACUUUCAUCACCCAAGAUGACAUCGCUUCCUUAGCCGAUACGGGAAUCAAUGCUCUACGGAUUCCCAUCGGGUUCUGGGCCUACGACAACGUUAAUACCCCUUAUCACCAAGGUCAAGACGCGUAUCUAGAGAAAGCCAUUGGAUGGGCUAAGCAAUACAACAUGUCCGUUUGGGUCGAUUGCCAUGGCUCCCCUGGUAGUCAAAAUGGGUACAGUAGUUCCGGCCGUGUAGGAUUUGUCAACUGGCAGCAAGGCACCAACCUCAACCGCUCCACCUCGGUUCUAGAAACCAUCGCCGCGAAAUACGGUGCCGAAGAAUACGCUGGCGUCGUCGUCGGCAUCGAACUAACCAACGAGCCCAUGGCAGGCGGUGCCAACGACCUUGGCGUUACACGACAAUGGACACAAGAUGCAUACGCAGCCGUCAAAGCCAAAGUCGCAAACCCGAACCUACAGAUCAUCAUGCAGGAUGCGUAUGCAGGCGUCGACUCCUGGAUCCCCACUGCGGAGGCAAUCAUCGGACAAGGGUCCAAGACGUUCGCCAUGGAUACGCAUCUGUACCAGCUCUACACGCCCGCCGACAACGACCUCGACCAGUCCCAACACAUCACCAAAGCUUGCGGCUGGAGCACCGCCCUCUCGACGUCCAACGCCGUCGUGCCGACUUACGUCGGCGAAUGGAGCACGACUACAAACAUCUGCGUCAACCCCGACAACAGCACCACAUCUGGCUUCAGCUGCACUAUCACCGGAUGUCAGUGCCAGGCGGAUUCUUUCAGCACAUGGAACGACGCCAUGAUUGCGCAGGUACGGAAGUACGUGGAGGCGCAGCUAGAUGUGUUCGAGGCGAGCAGUAGUGGCUACUUUGCAUGGUCUUUGAAGGGCCCUGGUGCAUGGGGGUUUCAAAACGCCAUUGAGGGUGGCAUUAUUCCGAACCCGCUGACGGAUCGCAAGUUCGCUAAGCAGUGCACUAGGACCACGAGGAGGGCAGUUAGGGGAUCGCUUGGCGUUGCGGGCGAGGCUUGGUAG